AUGUCACACAUCCCUUCAGGCUAUGCUUCCUACGAGAUCAUCAUUCCAAGACGGCUCUCCGUGAGGGCAGGCAAAGCUACCCGAGACCAACUCUCUUACGUUGUCGAGGCAGAAGGUAACGCCUAUAUUGUCCACUUAAAACUGAAAGACAUCUUGGUUAAAAGGUUCCCAGUCUUCAUGUACCACGAUGGCAAGCGACAGCAGGACUCGCAUGAGAUUCAAGGUGACUGCUACUAUCGUGGUUACGUUGAAGAUGCAGCGGUGUCCUUUGUGAGCCUCCGAGCUUGCUCGGGUCUCAGUGGUCUUCUCCAAAUUGAGAACUUGACGUACAACAUCGAUCCCAUGGAGGGCUCUUCUACGUUUCAGCACCUCAUUUAUCGUACAGAGGAGGAAGACUCCAAUUCAAGGACUUGUGGGCUCAGUGGUAAAAGGGUGCACCAUUCAGUCCCUGACUUGGUGCGAGAACCAAUUUCAGAAGUGGAGGACACUUUUCACCCACAGAGACACCCUAAGUACAUGGAGCUUUUUGUGCAGGUAGACGUACACCUGUUUCGCUUCUAUUCUUCAGACGUGCGUACCACCAUACGUAACGUUGUACAUCUCAAUGAAAUGGUGGACGACAUGUUCGUUACUCUUGGUCUCCGUACCCUUCUUGUUGGGGUCGAGAUCUGGACCGAAAAGAAUCUGGUUCCAAUUACAGACUACAUUCAGGACAGCGUGGAGCACUUUAACGCGUGGCGAGUCGUGAACGUCCUCCCUCGGCUACGGCAUGAUGCAUCUUUACUCUUAGCCCGCCAUUCUAGAGGCAGCUCCAUCGUGAAAUACUCCUACUUUGGGACUGUCUGUAAGGUGAAUGCGGGAGUAGCCUUCGUAUCAGUCGGGAAUGUGACUUUCCCCUUAUUUGCCCUGGGCAUCGCGCAUGAACUCGGGCACGUUCUUGGCAUUCCAGACGAUCUGUCCCCGACGUGCUCCUGUGCCCCCCAGCUCAGGUGCAUUAUGAAUCCGACGGGGCCGUAUGGGGACACCCCUCUAUUUAGCAACUGCUCCGCCACUAGCUAUUUUGAGGCCAUCCAUUCAGGGAAAGGGUUAUGCAUGACCGCCAUCCCGGAUAUUAGCCAAAUAUUUGCCCUGAGCCAUUGUGGGAACAGCAUUGUGGAAGGGAAAGAGGAGUGUGAUUGCGGGGAGAAACAGAGGUGUAAGAAGAGCAAAUGUUGCCUCGACGAUUGCACGAUGGCCCCGGGGGCCGAAUGCACUACCCAGGUGUGUUGCCGAGAUUGCCAGUUUGCUCCUGAAGGAACGCUUUGCCGAAAGGCUUCCGACGAAUGCGACUUACCGGAGUACUGCAACGGGACGACGGCAGACUGCUCGCCCGACGUCCUUGUUCAGGACGGGACCCUGUGCAGCGACGACGGCUAUUGCAUCUUAGGGACUUGCUCAACCCACACGUUGCAGUGCCAAAAACUCUUUGGCCAGCAGUCUGCAGGCGCUCCCUUGGCUUGCUUCGAACGGGUCAACACCGUAGGGGAUCGGUUUGGCAACUGCGCCGGCGACGGAGAGCACCAGCUUCCCCCAAACUUCUCGAAAUGCGCCCGCGAGAACGCCCUCUGUGGCCGGGUGCAGUGCGUCAAUGUCCACACGCUCCCUAACAUGGAGGAUCACAUGACGAUCAUUCAGACGCCCGUGGGCAAAACGCUCUGCUGGGGAAUGGAUUUCCACCCCGGGACGGACGUCGCAGACUUCGGAGUCGUGGAAGAAGGGUCCAAGUGUGGCCGAGACAAGAUCUGUGUGCGCAACAAAUGCACACGCCUGGAAGCGUGGGUGUCCCCCAACGCGGCGUGCCACCCUGUGGCCACCUGUGGAGGGAACGGCGUCUGCAACUCCAAGCAGCAUUGCCACUGCCGCUACGGCUGGGCCCCGCCGAUGUGCCGGUCCCCUGGCUGGGGGGGCAGCAUCGAUAGCGGGCCCCUCCCACGUGCCCAAGCCUACAGCCGGCCAAUUUUAAUCGUUGGGGUCAUCGUCGCGGUGUUCCUCGGCAUUGCGGCAGGGUGCCUCAUCAUUUGGGUGGUCAGAAAACUGCCCUUGGUCUCAGCACAUCCCACGCCCAAGCCUCAGGGAGAGACGACCAGCUCUGUCCUAAGUCCAGGCGUGUGA